AUGAAUGGGUGUCUUUGUUGUCACCUAAAUCAAUCGGUGAGCAGAUUAAAAAGAGCGGCAAGAGAGUACUGUCAAUGGGGAUGUGUUGAUUCGUGUCUUCUGAUUUGGUUUGGAUGGAAUGAACAAAUGGACCCAGACGACUGCAGCAGGCUCAAAUGCGAUUUGCUAUCCUGCUCGAAAUUUCACUAUACGGAAGCCAUCAAGGAAGAGAUCGAAAAAAGGGAAUCACACGCUGUUUUGGCGAGAACUAACACGGCUUGGCGGCUUGAGCUCGAACGGCUCGAGCAAGAGUUGGAGUUGGAAGACGAUGACGGUGAUGAUGAGAACGAUGACAGCAACGAUUAUGUGCAGGUCGAUGCAGACUUGUUUGAUUAUAACAUGAGAGGAGAUGCAGAGGCAGAAGAAGAUGACGAAGAUGAUUCGAGCUCAGGCUCCGGAGCAUCUAUGGAAGAGAAUUCUUUAGGCGAAGAGAAAAACUUGGCUAUCAUAGAAAACGAAGAGGACGGAUUCGACGAUGAUGAUGACGGAGGAAGUUCUGAUGGAAGUCGUGAAUCCAGUGGCAAUCAUACAAUCAUCAGCAUAGAUUGCUUCUUUCAUUCCCGCUCAAAUUCAUUCCAAGACGACUUGAGGAUCAUUGACGACAUGGAGUAUUACUCCAAAUACAUCGACGAUGAAUUUUCAUAUGCACAACACGACUAUGUUUAG